AAGAGAAAGCAAAGAAUUUGCAGAGACUCUAGAGAGAAAGUAGAGAGAGAUACUGUGAGUGUGAGUGUGACUGUGUAUCAGUGUAUGCAAAAAAAAAAAAAACCAACGUACUAAACCGACACCGUUUUAGUAUCUUGUAGUUGACGCCAACAUGGAAUUCGACGACGAACUACAGACCAUACUUUCAGAACAACGCCGUGAACUCACGGUGGCAGAGGAAAUGGAGUCGGACCUCGACUUCGCUUUUCAGCUACAGAUGCAAGAAGCCAUGAACGCCUCUUUCGCUCUCCACCCAUCCCCAUCCUCAUCCUCUCCACCACACUUCCACCCCCUAGACGGUGACGUUUCAAAUUCCACUGUCUCUCGCCUCCUCGACGAAGAAAUCGCGAGGUUCGAGCAAGAAUGCCGAGAUCGCGAGCUAGUGGAAGCCGAAAUGAAACGAAUGCGUGAAACUAUCGACCAAUAUGUCCACGAUCAGGCCUUCGCUCGCGAUAUGCUCAGAAUUCCGGAAGAGGAGUGGGAAAGAACCGGUGAGCACUUUCAUAGGCCGUUGGGGGAGGGUUCUUCAAGUUCUUCGGCCGGUGGUGAGAAUUUUAGGGUUUAUUUUCAGGGUUUGGUUAAUGAAGAAUUGGUUGGGGACGUGAGGAAAAUGUUGGCGGGAAUUGGGGUUGCGAUUUGUGAUGCGAGAGAUAAUUUGAUUUUCAAAUUGAAAAAGCCUUUGGUUGGAGGGGAGUUCAGUGAUGAAACUUUGCAGUUUAGGGCUUUGAUUGAAGGGCUGAAUACAGCAGUUAUGUUGGGUUUGAAGAGGGUUACUGUAAUAUGUGAUGACAAUUUGCUUUACCAACAUGUCACUGGCAAAGGGAUACCGAAGCAGGGCGAGGUUGCAACCUUAGUUGAUCAGGUUACUCUUCUCCAGAGAAAAUUUUCUCAUUGUAGCCCAUCUCUUGUGGCACAAAAUAACAUCACGUUUGCAUUCAAACUUGCAAGAGAUGCAAUAGUUUCUCAGAUCUCUCAGCCGGCCGAAAUUUUUUGGGGCAAGAAUGUGAAAGAGACUUGUGCAAUUUGUUUGGAAGACAUCGAUAUUGGCCACAUGUUUUUGGUUGAUGGUUGCAUGCACCAGUAUUGUCUUUCUUGUAUGAAACAACAUGCGCAUGUGAAGUUGCUUCAGGGAAUGCUGCCCAAAUGCCCUCAUGAAGGAUGCAAUUCUGAGCUGAAAAUUGAGAGUUGCAAAAAAUUUCUGACUCCUGAAUUAUUAAUUAUUAUGAAUCAGCACAUGAAGGAAGCUUCCAUUCCUGCUGCACAUAAAAUUUAUUGCCCGCAUCCUAGGUGCUCAGCUUUAAUGUCUAUAAUUGAGGUUCUAGGAUCUGUUAGAAAUGCAAAUGUUGGUGUUGAACGAUCUGGGGCUGCAAAAUGCACAGAAUGUCAUGGCCUUUUCUGUAUCAAUUGUAAAGUCCCUUGGCAUAUUAAUAUGACUUGCUUGAACUACAAAAGGUUAAAUCCUUAUCCUUGUGCAGAAGAUGCUAAGCUGAAAAGUCUUGCUACAAGGAAUUUAUGGCGUCAGUGUGUGAAGUGCAACCAUAUGGUUGAACUUGCUGAAGGUUGCUAUCACAUUUAUUGCAGAUGUGGACAUGAGUUUUGCUACACUUGUGGAGCUGAGUGGAAGAACAAGAAAGCAACAUGUGCAUGUCCCAUCUGGGAUGAGCGCAAUAUUAUAUAUGAUCAGAAUAACGGACAUCAACAAAGAAGGGCAUGAUCUGGAGUACUGCAACGCCAGUUAAGUUUAUUACAUCACUCCUACUUUUGGAAAGGAAUAAAAUGUAAAUGGAACUUAUUUUCAUCUUUGCAACCAUGUAAAGGGUCAAAGUGGAACUUUUAGGAUGCUUAUCUAGGAUCUGUGGUGUCACUAGCAAUGGUUCACAGAUACUUCUUUGCGGUGAACUCUUGAUGAAACGGAGUUGUUUCACACGAAGCUAUGCAAUUAUAUUUUGGAAAUGCUUUGGGUAAGAUUGUGAAUAUCU